UCUUUUCAUUUUUUAUUUUCUAGCGUGAACUGUAAAGAUUCUCUUCCCUCCAUCACAGCGUCGUUUUAGUUUUGCCUCUCGACAAGCGUGGUCUCCAUCUCUCUUCUUUCUACCUUACUGUCAUCCUCAAAUACUCGUCUGUCUUUGCGGCGCAUAUUAUUUUUAUUUUUAUUUUUCAAAAGGUACGUCCUCUCCGAUGGCGGCCCUUUGCCUCGGAACGCUUCAAACCCAGUCGAAGCGCUCCUAGUGAAGCCUAAACCCUACUUUGAUUGGACCCAAUCCUGGUUUUAAUUCCCUCUCUUUCAUCUCGUUGCAAAAAGGGCGCUCUUUUACUACAUCAAAUUAUGUUAACUUCAAGGCUCUCUAGAGUUGGAUUUCGGUUUGUCAAUGAGCUGUCGAGAGGUGGAUAUAGGUGUAUGUCAAGAACAAGAUUUAGACAAGGGCAUUGCGGACAAUGCCAGCGAUCUCCGGUUGAAUUACUAUCAGAAACUAGAGCCUUCUUCCAGGGUGCCAUAUUUCAAAAGCAUCAUUAUUUUUCUACCUUGGGUUCCAACAAUACUUCUGGGGGAGGGGAUGAACAGAAAGAAACGAUAUCUGUCACAUUUGUUUCAAAGGAUGGAGAAGAAAUCCCCAUUCGAGUGCCUAUUGGAACGUCUAUGCUAGAAGCAGCUCAUCAAAAUGAUAUAGAGCUCGAAGGAGCAUGUGAGGGUUCACUUGCCUGUUCAACAUGCCACGUCAUAGUGAUGGAUAUGGAGCACUAUAAUAAAUUAGAAGAGCCAAGUGAUGAGGAGAAUGACAUGUUGGACCUAGCCUUUGGGCUUACAGAAACGUCUCGACUGGGAUGCCAAAUAAUUGCAAGGCCUGAACUUGAUGGAAUUCGUUUAGCAAUCCCUGCUGCCACUCGAAACUUCGCAGUUGAUGGGUAUGUUGCAAAACCACAUUAGACAAUAUACAACGCCUAACCCUGUUUAAAUGAGCGUAGAGAAUCCGGUCGUCCAGUUUUGUAGCUUCCCUAUCAUAUUGGAUGAGCAAGCGUCUAUACCAUACUGAAAGUCAUUGUUUUGGCAUUAAUUUUAUCUUAUUAAAUUCCUAAUAAUCCCUGUGACAUUGAUUUUAUACAUCAAAUGAUAUCAUAGUUCCUAUGACCUCAUUUAUUUCUGCA